UUGAAAAGUAAUUAUAUUUAAAUGGUCACAUCAAACAGAUACAAUGUUUUUAGAAAUGCAAGCCGAGGCAAACAUUUAUUAUACAUAUAUCUAAAAAUAGAUGUGGAGUAAAAUUGAAAAAACAAGAGAGAUUUCUUUGAUCUUACCAUAUAGUUCUAUAAAAUAACAUGGAAAAAAAAUUCCCAUAUCAUUCUCAACAUGGGUACCGACCACUGCGUCGAGUGUUCCAGAAAAGUGACAACAAAGCAACAUGCCUUACAGUGUGAUUCGUGUAGUUUAUGGCAACACAGAGUUUGUAAUACUGGUAUCACAAUGAAGGAGUAUCGUUCAAUGAUGCAAAGUGAAGAGACCGUUAAUUUCAUCUGUACCAAGUGCAAUGAUGUAGAAGAAGAAACAACCAGUUGCCCAGUCAACUCUACGCAUAUUACAGACGUUUCAGACCAACCGAUACCGGACUAUGGUACCUUCAACCUCUCUGUCAUCUCCGCAGCAAAUACUACCAACAGCCUCAACACAACCUUCACUAUCAGCCGUGAACCAGACCACACAACUGAGGUAGAAUCAGACCCAGCAGGUGCUCCAGAGCAAACCAUACCAGAACCAGAUACUGAACCAAACCUCACAGCAAGUUUUGACGUGACACGUAGACCAAUAGAAGAUCAGCAAGAAAUAUUAGAAGAUUCCUUAAUUGAGCCAGACCUACCAGACACUAUUCUGCCAGACAUACCAGUAACCUACACAUUGGUUGACCAAGGUUCCCAGCGUGGCUGGUUUAAGUUGGUGAGCAGUGAUGGGUAUGAAUAUACCAAAAAGUCAUCCAAGGGUGACUUUACGUACUGGAGGUGUUCCAAACGCUCCAAGACUGUCAACUGCCCAGCAACAGUCUCUCAGAAAGGCACUGACUAUAAGAUGAACACCAGACAACACAUACACCAAGCUGACAAGGGUGCACUAAAGAAAGUAGUGGUAAGAAAAGAGGUUAAAGCAGAAAGUCUUCGAGAUAUACACAAGUCAGCACGACGUAUAGUAGAUGACAAGAUGUUGGAACACAUAGAGCCUGAAGAUCACCAACUACCAAAGGUCAAGAACCUAGAAAGACUGGCAAACAGAGUACGUAAAGACCUCAGGCCAGAUGAACCGCAAGACCUUAACUUUGUCUUGGACACAGACUACUUGCAGUGCAAUGACUUCAUCAUUGGUGACAUACGAGUCGACAACGAGAGACACUUGAUGUUUGCUUCACCCAACCAGCUUCAGAUCCUUCAACAAGCCAAGCGGUGGUUCUGUGACGGUACUUUCAAGAUCCUUGCAGAUCCCUUUGCUCAGCUUUGGUCCAUCCAUGCCUUUAUCCACAAAGGUGACAGCUACAAACAGAUUCCACUAGUUUUCUGCCUUAUGUCCAGACGUAAAGGGAGAGAUUAUGUUGCUGUUUUUCAGAGGCUGAAAGAGGUCCUUCUAAGACCAACAGAAGUUCAGGGUUUUGUUGCCGAUUUUGAGCAAGGUGCAUGGAAAGCCAUACGUAAGGAAUUUCCUACUUCCACCAUCAAAGGUUGUGCCUUUCAUUUUGGCCAGGCAGUUUGGCGCAAGAAGCAAGAGUUGGGCCUCAAGACCACAUACACCAGCAGGGGUGCAGAGUACAGAUACAUCUGAUCGCUGAUGGCACUUCCCUUCUUACCAGCUGCAGACAUCCAGCCGGCUUUCGAGAAGCUUUCACCAAGAGCUACAUCUCCAGAGCUAAAGCAACUAGUAAGAUAUGUAGACAACA